GGCAGCCUCAGUUUACUCCGAGCCUGUGUGGAGGUUGUAUGUACGUGCGUGAAGCUCUUGACCGCGUGAGAGAACCUUACCACCGCACGCUUGUAUGCCCUUAGGGUUUACGUUGGAGUUUAGACGCGUAUGCGAUUAGUCCCAUAACAUCAAUAACAGUGUAGGAGUACCAGACCUGACUUGUGUCGAAGGAGUUCGCGGAAACAUGCGUGAUAUUAAAUAACUUAGACGACGUUGAUCCGAACUGGUAUUUCCUAGUGUUCAUCUUUGAAUUUCAGCACUGACAUCCUUGUAUUUCUCACUGACAAUGGCUUCUCUCAAGUCGAGUUUAUUGGUAUGUUUUUUAUUACUUAUUUCGCGAUCUGUAGUGAUGUGUCGGCGACAGACUGGAGUGACACUGCGGGAGAGUGGCUACGAAGGAGUGGUAGUUGCAAUUGAAGAAGAUCUGCCGGUCUCGCUGUGCCAAGAAGUUUUGAUUGGACUAGAGGAGUCUCUGCAAGCAGCGUCGACGACCAUCAGCACGGCUACUCGUAGCUGGGCGAGCCUGCGCAGCGUGUCGGUGCUGGUACCUCGCUCGUGGACGCCAUCAGUGUGCCCGCUGCUGCUGGGGAUCACCGAGGCCGAGAAUGAGUCUUGGGACACGGCAAAUAUUCGGGUGACCACUGCACAACAUCCUCGGUACGGCAUGAGACCAUGGACCCAACAGAGCCAGGGCUGCGGCAAGCAAGGAGACUUCAUAAGAGUUGCUCAUCAGCUCCUCAAGCAGAAUACUUCGCUUGUCAAUGGCCGGCUUCUGGCCCACGAGUGGCUGCGAUAUCGCUAUGGAGUGUUCGAAGAGGUAGGAGAAGUUGGCAACCCCUUCCACCCGCCCCACUACCGCGCGCGCAACGCUCAGUGGAAGCCUAACGCUUGCGGCAACCGAAACAUCGUCGAAUCUGACUCGUCUACGUGCGACCCGAAGGAGUUAGGAUGUGACCUCGACAUCAAGCAGGAAGAUAAUCCCGGCCUCACAUCCUCUUUCAUGGCUUUUCCUCGUAUCCCAUCGGUAACCGAACUCUGCGACGAAGGCAGUCAUGACCGUUUCGUUCCGACCCGCCAUAACCUCGCGUGUGACGGGAAGAGCGUUUGGGAGGUGAUGAGAGCCAGCCAGGACUUCCAAGACUCCAGUAACAGCGAAGGCCGAGCGGUGGACAGCCUCGUCUCGCUACGCUAUCUUCACCCCCGCAACAAACGCAUUGUGCUCCUCGUCGACGACACCAACGUUAUGAACUCACAGAAACGUUGGGACUUCAUGAGGAAGGCUGUGAGGAAAGUGGUUGCUUACGACAUCCCCGAUGGCUUCCGUGUUGGCCUCGUAGUUUUCGAUAGCAAGGCGAAGGUGAAGCACUUCGUGUCUCCUCUCGUUGACAGCGAAAUCAGGGAAAAAGUUGGAUCGUCCUUGCCCCGAAAUCCAUCAGUAGUUGGAGAGACACAGAGAUGCGUCCUUUGUGGCCUGAAAGCGUCGCUCGAAUUGCUGAAGAAGAACGGCGGCAGUCAUGGUGGUAAUAUCAUUCUCGUCACAGGAGGCAGCAGUACAAUCAGUGAACAUGAUAAGCUUAAAGCUCAAAUCAUGCUGCAAGACGCCGGCGUUACUCUGAACCUUGUUAUCUAUCCUCUAAUUGAUCGUUUCCCGCUUCCUGGAAGUAACCUAGAGUAUGUAACUGCAAUUUCUGGAGGUCAGUCUUACAUCGUACCAGAUGAAGGCAUCGGUGAAGAUUCUCGCGUCGGCAUGUACUACGGUCUUUUGGACGCGCUUUACUACGCGGUAGGCAAUGUUGCAGGAUGGCGAGGUCUCCCUGUUAAAAUCCACGAGGCUGAACAUCCGGGUGGACGUUCAGGAAAGUCAGAAGGGAGUUUCCUUGUCGAUCCUUCGCUUAGCUCAAAUAUAAAUUUCGCAAUUUUCUUCUAUGAUGUAGGACAUGUUGGAAAUGUUGUCCACCUUAUCAGUCCUCAUAACCAAGUAAUCGAUACCAGCAACAUGCAAAAUGAAGAUGAGAACAUGAACAUGAUCAAGGUUCAGCUGUCAGGCAGUCAAGUUACUCCAGGUCUUUGGCGGUACUCAGUAGACAACAAAGCUGACUCCCAUCAAGGACUCUUCAUUCAAGUUACGUCAAAGCCGUACUCCCCUCAGUACGGUCAAUCCUCACAGAUAGAAGUUAGAGGCUGGACCAACCAUCCCACUGGAGAGGUCAACUCUACCGACAUUUCCAUGCCUCUUGCAAUUUUCGCUGAAGUGGUCACUGAAGCUGGACCCGUCGAAGGCGCUCGAGUUACUGCUAAUCUCACCCGGCUUGGCUUGGCAAGCAACGGAACCCUCCACAAACCUAAAGAAAUAGUUCUCUUGGACAAUGGAUUACUAGGGCCGGACAUGAUGUCGGGAGACGGAGUUUACUCUCGCUAUGUUCCCAACCUCACCACGGGCAAAUUCAGUGUAACCAUUUACGUUGAAGGAACUUUGGGCCAAUACUCGUUCGCUCGACACGUUCGACUAGGGGUGUUGAACAUCAUUUCGUCAACCCCAGAUGUUGACGCUAUUCCUCCUGCACGCGUAGUUGACCUGCGAAUGGCAUUCUUGCCUGGCACCACCAAUCAGAUUUCUUUUACUUGGACGGCUCCUGGUAAUGACUUCGACUACGGGACUGCGGAUCGCUACAUGGUAAAAGUUGGUCCGACGCCAGAUCUAGAAGAUGGCGAAUAUUCUUUCUUAGAAAAUUGGCCCGCUCCUUUGGAGGCUUCUACUAUUCAGCAACACACAAUCGAAUGGGCCAAUUAUGACACAGUCAGUUACGUUGGGAUCUACGCUGUCGACGAAGAAGGAAAUACUCCUUCCUUGAGCAACUUAGUGACCGUUUUCAUCCCAGCUCCACCCACGACCACGGCUUCAUCUCGGUUCUUCGAGUUGAUGGACUCCAACACUUCCCCAGUUCGGGAUGGCAGCGCUACUCCUUUGAUGGCUGGUACGAACUUGAAGUUGGUCAUUAUUAUUUCUGGGUGCGUCGUUGGCUUAUUAGUCGUCUGUGCGUUGACUUACUGUGCUUGCGUGGCUCAGAAGCCAAAAAAGAACAAAAAGGCAGGUGAAAUUCCUGCCACUUUCAAUGGGCAAGUUAUCAUUCCUGAUGAAAAGAAAUUCACUGACAGGACAGACUCUAAUGAGAGCAUCAAGAAAGAAUUCAUGCGUCCUGUUGAAUCCUGGUCAGCAUCCCAAUUACUGAGCAGCCACCAAGGAAACAAAAGGGGUAGCGUUUCAGCAAGAUCUGACGGUACGUCUGAUCACAGCGACUCGACCAAGAAAAGUUACACAGGAUUCUCUGCUAACAACGACUUCUACGGCAGUCCAAACCACUUCCAGUACGGCCAUGCGAUUUAUCCUGAUAGCUACCCUCCUCCAAGCACUGAUAGCUACCCAACCCCUACAGAAGGAUACCCUACUCCUUCUGAGAUGUAUCCUAACGAAGGCUAUCCUCUUCCUUCCGAAACCCGCUCUUAUGUAAGCUCACCUCCAUCCGAGUCUUUCUUGUCGGUCUCUUGCGAUUUAAUCCCCGGUACUCAUGGUCCUCCGGGCUAUUCAGCGUACCCAGGAUACGACACGACUUUGAGGUCUGGUAAAGUGCCUCCUCCAAUUCCGCCCAAGCCCAAAGUAAUGUAUUCUCCAGAACCUUAUCAAUUCGAUUCUCAGGACUCGUCUUCGGGCUCGCCUUCCAUGGCUGGCGCCGAGAAGCGGGUACGAAAUGUUACAAUGGUUUAAUAAUUGUGUAUAAAUUUUAGAGUGCGCACUCAAUGUGAGGGGCAUUACAUCGCAUCUUAAUUCGUCCCUUUGGACUGACUUUUCGACUUGAAGACGUAGUCAGUCCAACGUGAUUGUGAUUUAGGAACAUAGGCUAGGCUAUGGAAUUAAACUUACGAUGUAUUUGUCAUUCUCGAAGACAUAGGUUUAUGUUGUACAGUCUACGUCAUAUGUUAUUUCGCACGCAAAAACAUAAAUCUUCACGGUUAAAAAAUAUUAAUAAAAUAAUAAAUUGUUGAUCUCAUCGCGUAAGCGAUUCCUAUAUGCAAAAUCGCUUCAGGAGCAGCUUUGCACUGAGUUAUUGAACAAAUAUUUAUUGACACCGCGAUCAAGGCGAUGUAUAAAUAAUGUAAAUAGUAAUUGUCUUAACUCUAUGUGUAUAUCUCGACGUGCCAAGACAGAGAUGGAACCGAAAUAGAAAAGUUGUCUUCAAAAUUCGUAUGAUGCCGAUUAUAAAGUAUAAUAGACUCUCUGGAAUCCAUUAAAAAAAAUUUUUCAGAGAUCUGUCUACACUGAAGCUGGUCAACACUGAUUUUACGACUUCUGAUUGGAUUCAACCUAUGAUUUUUGGAUUAUGAUAACCUCGUAAAUUCUAAGCUAAAUUAAUCAGGUCUGUGUUUUCUCAAAAUAAUUCCCAAUUUAUGAUUUUUGGCUUAUGAUGGCCUCGUAAAUUCUAAAUUAUUCAGGUCUGUGUUUUCUCAAAAUAAUUCCAUGUAGUUCCGAUAUAUCACGUACGAAUAGCAUCAUCCUACCAGUUCUUUCUCAACCCUUAAAUGAUCAAGGCAGGACUGGAACUCAUGUUUGGCCUUCUUCACGUUCAGCUUACACUAAAGAAUGACUUGGUGGAAUCCUCAAUUUAACUUCUAGUAAAACGUCUCGGUUUGCAAGUCUUGUAAUAGUGACACCUUAUGUAUUUCAGUUAUUCAUAAUCAACAGCUUAAUAUUAAGCGAAAUGUUUCGUGAAUAAUAAGUUUUAACUCGCUUCAAUUUCCAUCUGUGAUUUGAAUGUCAUUGCAUUUUUCAAUUGCCGAUAAUAGUUCCCGUAGAUAUUAUUUCACAGAAAAAAUUGAAUGUCAUUGCAUUUCUUUGCCGAAAAUAGUUCCCGUAGAUAUUAUUUCACUGCACAAUUCUAUUGUAUUAAAAUUCCUUAUUAUUUGCAAAAUUUCAUCGUAGUCUUUUUAGUCUAAGUUGUUCGUGCAUCGAAGGCGAGCGCGUUCUAGUCACUCCGUCCUGCAGUGGUCUAUAAUCUUGAAGAACUCUGAACAAAAUACGAAUAGAUUCUUAUCGUGAGCAGUGUCUUAAGAAUAUUUCAAUUGUACUUAUGUAAAGUUUGUAGUAAUUAUAUUUGGACUGAUUCUCAAUCUGAAUUUGAUUUUUGUUGUGAAAUUAGCCUCAUCAUUUUAACGAACUUGUUUGCAUUGGAUGAUGGUAAAUAUUCAUGCACAGUUUAUUAAACGAUGUAAUUAGUACAUUUCAUGCGUGUGCUCUCACAAGAACUCUUUCAAACGAUAUUUAAUAUCAAAAUGUUAUUUGAAUUUAUAAUUCAAGUAAGUCGUUCAUAUUGGGUCUAUUAAUGAAAUCCCGUCACAAAUUUUGCAUGGUCUCUGUUCCAAUUCUAUGUGUUGUACAGUUUUGUUAUGUAUUACUGUUGUGUACGUGUGAAUACACUUUUCUACUUUCGUGUACAUUUAUAAUAAAUAAAUAAUAUUAUUGACAAUA